GGCCACGCCCCUUACGGAAGUCGAUCAAGAAACUGUGGUUCAAGGAAAAAGGGGCGGCAUCCAUCCCUAAAACAAGGAACCGAUUGGUUUGCCUGAAGCCAUGCCCUCAAGAAAAUUGUCGGCGGGCAUUUUCUGCAGGAGAGCGUAGCCUUAGAGUCACUAUGGUAACAGGGCACGCCCACAGUCGUGAUUGCGCAGGCGUCGACGGAAGUCAGCCGCAGGAGACGGAAGUCCCGCCCUUCUCUUGCUGUGCUCCAAAGGCUAAAGCAACGCGCUUGGAGGCGGGAGUGAUCUGCUAGCGAAACCUUCACCAUGAGUCUCCUCAAUAAACCCAAGAGUGAGAUGACCCCAGAGGAGCUGCAGAAGCGGGAGGAGGAGGAAUUCAACACAGGUCCCCUCUCGGUGCUCACACAGUCGGUCAAAAACAACACGCAAGUGCUCAUUAACUGUCGAAACAACAAGAAGCUCCUGGGCCGGGUGAAGGCCUUUGACAGGCACUGCAACAUGGUGCUGGAAAAUGUGAAGGAGAUGUGGACUGAGGUCCCCAAGAGCGGCAAGGGCAAGAAGAAGUCCAAGCCUGUCAACAAGGACCGCUACAUCUCCAAGAUGUUCCUGCGCGGGGACUCAGUCAUUGUGGUGCUGCGGAACCCGCUCAUCGCUGGCAAGUAAACUAGAGGCCAGCCUCAGCCCGCUGAGAGCCUGCUCCCUGCCCAGCCAAGUCCCGCAGAGCCCUGCCCAAUGAGCUAGAAAUAAAACCCUGUGCUUUUUGUUUUUUA